GAAGGUUGCUGGUCUCUGCUCCGGUGUUUCCGUUCGUUGGCUCCGUUCGCGGAAAGUCGUCGCUUAGACCGGUGUGACAGAGGAGUUUUUGUGUACGAAGUGAUCGCGAGGAUCGUUGGGUCGAUCCUUGCUCCAGAUCGGUGAGGUGUUCUAUUCUGCAAGCGGAGGCUGCUUCUUCCUAUCUAAGGACUGGUAUCCGGAUUUCGUUGCCGCGCCGCGCCGCGCUGGUAGGAUCCUUUCCUGGGUGUUUCCUUCCUAUUUUUACGACAGCGAGGAAAUCUGUGUGUCGAUCAUCGAAAAACGAUUGGCUGCCUUUUUUAACGGGGAUCGACCAUUAAUCGAUGAUUCGCCCGUAGCCGGUUCUCGUUCUUCUACUCCGAGAAAGUUGUGACGAGAACAGACUGGGCGGGGAAUCCCGGCAUCAGGAUCGAGGAUUCUGUCCGAGCGUGUAUUCAGAUGUAGCUGAGAGGUCGGAGUGUUCCUCUCGACGUCUUAGAGAUUGGAUCAGUGCGUUUUUUGGAAUUUGUGAUCAGAAUGAGCAAGGCGAUUUUCAACGUGGCAUCUGGCGACAUUUCGGAUCUCAUGACGAAGAACAAGCAGCGAUAUAAAUGGCGUUUGCUGGCUUGCGGCAUUGUCCUUAUAAUCGUGCUGGCUCUGGUGAUCGCGGCGGCGAUCCUUCUGACCGGCAGUCCGGAUUCCACUGCGUCCAGAACGAACGGUGCAGCCGGCAUUUCCUUGGAGGAAUGGCUCUCGGGUUCGUUAUCCCCCAAGAGUUUCAACGGCACGUGGAUCAGCGGAGACGAGAUCCUCUACCGUGACGAGAUAGGCAAUUUGUUGAUCUACAAUGUCAGCUCGGCCGCAUCCAAGAGUCUGUUGGACUCCAGCAAUCCCGAUUUACUGUCGAGUUUUGAUCACCAUUUAUCUGCCGAUAGGAAGUACCUAUUGCUCGCUCUCAAUUACCAGAAGCUGUAUCGUCAUACAUACCUGGCGCAUUACAGGAUCGUGAACCUGGAGACUCUGAAGAGGAUGAGAGUCGAGGGAAAAGCCGCACCACGCCGCGUGCAAAUUACAAACUGUGCACGAAUUUAAUCCCGCGCCGUCUUACCGUCAUCACCUUGCUCGCCUCUCCAACCUCGUUCGUUCCACGUCUGAGAACUUUCCCUCGCGGAUUUGAUCAUUAACUCAGCAUUUAGGAGCGGUUAUAUUACGAUUACGAACCUGCCGCCAUU